CAAUUAUUGUUGUUGUUGUUAUUAUUGUCGUUUCAAGCAGACUGAGAAAUAGCUCAGCAGCGUUUUUACGCACAUUCUGUUGGAGAGGCUACAGAGGAAGUGGUGCCGGAGGUGAACGCCAACAAAUCCUCCUCCUGUGAUCGGACGGACCGGACUCUUCACCGGCUUCUUUUUUGUUAAACGAAUUAUUCGUAUUGCACGUGUCGACAUCGUGCCCUUUUUAACUGCACGGCAGGAAUAUGGCGCCAUAUUGAGCGUUUAGGAGAAUUAAGGGGAAAAAAACAGGAAUAUUUGAUGCGUACAGUGUGUUGAUUUGCAGUAAAGACAUGUGACGGAAUUGACCUGUUUUCGCCUUCAUCUGGACAUUUGUACGGUGGACUCUGGAGCUGAUGUGACGUGAAUGUCAUCAGUGUGAAACAGGGUCAGUGGAACAGCAGCUCACAGGGAAACUUAGUGCUUUUACAGCUGCUGCGAUUUUCUACAGGAAUGUGUGAGUGUGUGUUGAUGGAGACACGUUGAGUUUUUAUCCUAAUUGUGCAAUGAUCUAAAUAGCACAGACUAUUUAUGUGAUGCCCCCACUCCCCUCCACAAACUUCCCAAGUUCUUCCCCCGUGUCUCCUUCCCCUCCAGUGUUCGUGAAUGUACCGCGGUUCCCCUGUAAUCGUGUUAAAGAACAUGACACUGCUGUGAGUGGGACACCACCCUGCACAAGACAAAGCUCCGUGUCUCACAUGUUGUCUUUCCAGCGGCAUUCUCUAUCUCAGAGCCGCGGGGGAAUAAUCCUGGUUUUGCACCAACGGGCCUUCAGGUUCCCGUUCAUUACAACAAACACAUCUAAAACCUGAUCAUUCAGUCACUCUGCCUCUAAAACCACAUUCAAACUUUUCCCUCAUUGAUACAUUUCUGCACACACUGACCCGGGGGUUUGUUAUUGAUGAAACACCUUAGAACCCCCUGUACGUUUGCUGUGUCACCUUGACCAACCAGGUGUCGAUAAGGUGACCGCACUGGGGUUGUCGGUUCCAUUCCUGCAGCUCUAACAAGGAGCAAAACUACAGCAGAGCCAUUAAGUCAGGACAAACGUUGUAUCAUGUCAUCGAACCGUAGCCUUCGCCCGGUGGAGGGCAGUGACGCCUGCCGGAAACUCCACAAGUCAUUUCCUUUGUCAAUAACACACAACUUAUAAUCACGUAUUUCAUUGUUGUUGUUGUUGUUGUUCCCAUUGAUAAUAUUAGAGCAAAAUAGCAUGAGCCAAGGUUAUGAUAUGUUUCCUGCUCAGUGAACGUGGAUGAUGCGUUUUGGUGCACAGUCAGGUUUCACACUUGUUACCGUAAAUACAUCUCGGUAACAACACAAGUUUUUUGUACAUAAUAAGUGUGUGUGUGUGUGUGUGCGCCUCUCCCCCUCCCCUCUCCCCUUCCCUUCCAUCUCCACCGCGUCUUUCCUCUUUGCUCUCAGAUUGGUGGUUGCUGUGUCUGUGCGCAUCACGUCUAACACAUAAGGCGACCUUUAAUUAGAAUAUUGCAGCAGCAGUUUGUUUUAUUCCCCUGGAGGCUGACACCUAACACCCCCCUCUCAUCUCCUGUUUUCCCUCCCUCUGUCUGUCUGUCUAUCUGCCCUCCUCUCUCUCUCUCUCUCUCUCAUCCUGCUCUUCCAAUAAGCGUCCUCCCAUCCUCGCCCGCGGACCUGCAUGAAAAGAUGCAAACAUACUUAAUUAGAGCGGUGGCAAUAAUUUCCAGGCUAAAUAUGAGACCAGUCAGACAUGGAAGUGAUCUGAUGCCAUUCAGGCAGGAUAUUAUCUGCCUCUCUGUGUAGGAUCACUCUGCUGAGCUUCUGUUUUUUUGGUUUUGUUAGUUGGUUUGUUUGUUUUUCCAUUCACUCCUAUGGCCUUUCUCUACACCUGCUUUCAGGAGGGAAGAAGCAUGUCGCGGCUGUCUCUGACCCGGUCCCCGGUCUCCCCUUUGGCAGCUCAGGGGAUCCCCCUGCCGGCUCAGCUGACCAAGGCAAACGCCCCCGUGCACAUCGAUGUUGGGGGGCACAUGUACACCAGCAGCCUGGCGACCCUCACCAAGUACCCAGACUCUAGAAUCAGUCGUCUGUUCAAUGGCACCGAGCCCAUCGUGUUGGACAGCUUGAAGCAGCACUACUUCAUAGAUCGAGACGGCGAGAUAUUCCGCUACAUUCUCAGUUUCCUCAGGACCUGUAAAUUGCUGCUGCCAGAGGACUUCAAGGACUUUUUCUUGCUGUACGAAGAAGCUCGCUACUACCAGCUGACGCCCAUGAUCAAAGAGCUGGAGCGCUGGAAACAGGAGCGGGAGCAUCGGCGGAUGUCACAGCCCUGCGACUGCCUGGUGGUUCGCGUCACGCCCGACCUGGGCGAGAGAAUCGCCCUGAGCGGGGAGAAGGUCCUCAUCGAGGAGAUCUUCCCCGAGACCGGAGACGUGAUGUGUAACUCAGUCAACGCCGGCUGGAACCAGGACCCGACGCACGUCAUCCGCUUCCCACUCAACGGCUACUGCCGGCUGAACUCCGUCCAGGUUCUGGAGCGUCUUUUCCAGAAAGGCUUCAGCGUGGCGGCGUCAUGCGGAGGUGGCGUGGACUCGUCCCAGUUCAGCGAGUACGUGUUGUGUCGCGAGGACCGGCGGAGUCUGUCCAUGAACACGCCCAUCAGGAUAAAACAGGAACCUCUGGACUAGAGCAUCCUGGGAGCGAGGGACUGACAACCACUCACCAGACCACCACUUACUGCUCCCCCCGGCCCCCCGCCCCAGCCCCUCUUUGCCCCAACUGGACCACAAACUGCCCCAGCACAUUCAAGUACAGAACUAUAACGGGGUGAAGCAGAAACAAAGGGAAGAAAAAAAACAAACAAACAAAACAUCAGCAGCAAAAAAAAAAAAAACUGUGAGGAAAUCAAGAACGGAACUCACAGGUUAUCUGAGCCGUGACGGGUUGAUGAUUAGAAAAGCUGUGUCCUUACCCUUUCAGAAGGGGGCAAACACACAAAUACAAAUACCCCCCCCCCCCCGACCCCUCUGUAACAGUUUAAUUAGGAGUUUAUCAGCUCCACGUUUUUGCCUGAUUGUUGACGACGGUGACCACCUGCUGUGGGACGAGGAGACUUUUGCCAGAAAUGACACGUUUUGAUGAAUCUUCCCAAAAAGUGGUCGUGACCCUGUGACCCUCCCCCCGUCAUCCCACCUCACCCCUCCUCCCCCUCGAGGCCCGGCUCCGGGAGGCUGAGCCUGAGCCAAAACCUGCGAGCGUUUCUUUUCUGUUUAUUACAGUUACUCAUUGUUAUUUCUGAAGUGUUGCCGUUUGAAUCAUGACAUGGUGUAAACAAUUUUUAAUUAUAGGAUUAUUUUUAAUGUCUCUCUUUUUUUUUCUCCCCCCUUUUUUUCUCUCCAAUAUGAAGGAUGUAGGAACGUUGCAUUCAUUAGGCUUUGAGAAAGCUUGUGAGGCAGCGUUUCUUGGCAGUGGCUGCAGAGACUCCCGUGUCUCCAGGCUAUGUGGCUAAAGCGAUCUGGCUGGCAAUGCAUUCAGAGCCGCAGAAAAAAAAGAAAAAAAUCCCAUUGUUCAAAUGGGGAUAAAAGAGAACCUGGAUAUUUGGACAUUGUUUAUAGUCAACGUGCAGCACACAUAAAAAGGCUGCUCUGGAUUUUCGUGCCCUGAAACAUAUCUGGGGUCUCUGGUCAGAUUUUUUUUAUUUCACAGACACUGGAGGCACAAUUGUUUUGACUUUUUUUCUUUUUUUUUUAAACCCUUACUUAAAACACAGGUGAACGUUGCACCAGCUCCAGUUUUCCUGCAGUUGUGUUGGUAUAGAAUGUUAAAGACUUUAGGACCGGGAUGAGAACCUAUGAGGAGCUCUACUCUAAACACCGACUGCUUUCUUUUUUCUUUUUCUUUUUUUUUGCACUUAAAACACAGACUUGCGGAGCUGCCCUGUCCGUUAUCCCUUCAACCAGUUCGCAGUCGCGUUCUCCGACUUCUCGCGCCGCAGAGUUGGUCGAUAAAACUUUAAUCAGGAGGACGAGGUGUUGUCUCUGUGGACGGUACGAAAGAAGAAGAAAGAAAACUUUUACUGACCACAGCUGUACAUAGGUCAGUUAUAGCGCCCCCUCACAUCCACAGUUUAUUCAACAAUCGGUAUUCAUUCCUAAUUCUUAAUUUCUAAGAUCCCCACUGUGACACUUUGACAAAUUUGAAACUAUCAUCCAAUUGGCUCGUGACGCCCCCGGCUUUAAAGGCUUCAUGACACACUAAUGGGGCCCGCCCCUCAGUUUGGAGCUACUUUCUCCUUUGGUCUUUGCUCAGGCCAAUAAUUAUCCCAGAUGUUCCUCAGAGUC